AGUGCAUGGAAAGCAUUGGGAAAUCUUAGUUCGUCGAGCGCAAUGUCAUCGUUUGUCACACUCUUGGAUUCGAUUUGUCCACCAUUCCGUGAUUUCGUUAGUGAUUUUGUACAAAAUGAAUUAAAACGCCAGCAGAAGAGAAGUUGUAUUUUCAGUGAAGAGCAGGUCGAAAAAGUUGUUGCAAAGUCUGUUGGACCACCAGUUCAUGACUUAGAACGUUUUGAAGCUCAAAGGCGACAGAUUCAAGAAGCGUUGAAUCAGCAAACUUAUCAUCAAUUCCGGGCAUAUGCACAGCAACAAUUUGUUGGUGAUCCUGUACAAGUAGGCUAA